UUUCACCCAGAAAUAUCCACCAGUGAAAUUUUUAUCAGAAAAGGAUCGCAAAAGAAUACUGGAAAAGAAAUGUGGAGCACUGGAUUGGUCAUGAGAACUUCGAACUGAUAAAUCAUGAUGUCGUUGAGCCCCUGUACAUUGAAGUGGACCAAAUCUAUCAUCUAGCAUCUCCUGCUUCUCCUCCAAAUUACAUGUAUAAUCCUAUAAAAACAUUAAAAACCAACACUAUUGGGACGUUAAACAUGCUUGGGUUAGCCAAACGUGUUGGGGCACGGCUGCUCCUGGCCUCUACGUCGGAGGUGUAUGGAGAUCCUGAAGUUCAUCCUCAAAAUGAGGAUUAUUGGGGCCAUGUGAAUCCAAUAGGCCCCAGAGCCUGCUAUGAUGAAGGAAAGCGGGUUGCAGAGACCAUGUGCUAUGCAUACAUGAAACAGGAAGGGGUUGAAGUGAGAGUUGCCAGAAUAUUCAAUACCUUUGGUCCUCGAAUGCACAUGAAUGAUGGUAGAGUUGUCAGCAACUUCAUCCUGCAAGCUCUCCAGGGAGAACCCCUAACUGUUUAUGGACCUGGGACUCAGACAAGAGCUUUCCAAUAUGUCAGUGAUCUCGUGAAUGGGUUGGUGGCCUUGAUGAACAGCAAUGUCAGCAGUCCCGUCAACUUGGGAAACCCAGAAGAGCACACUAUUCUAGAAUUUGCCCAGUUAAUUAAAAAGCUUGUUGGCAGCGGAAGUGAAAUCCAGUUUCUCUCGGAAGCACAGGAUGACCCUCAGAAACGAAAACCUGACAUCAGAAAAGCCAAGUUACUGCUUGGCUGGGAACCUGUGGUCCCGCUGGAAGAAGGUUUGAAUAAAGCCAUUCAUUACUUCCGCAAAGAGCUCGAGUAUCAGGCCAACAAUCAGUAUAUUCCCAAACCAAAACCCGCACGGAUGAAAAAAGGAAGAACAAGACAUAACUGAAGACUGUUAGUUGGACAGAAAACCCCCUACUUGACAUUUGAUGGGAUGUACUUUUUCUUUCUUAGGUUUUUUUUUUUUUUUUAAGAGAGACUUUGAAACAGGUAUCAUGAAGAACAAACUGGAAUUUCAUUCUGAAGCUUGCUUUAAAGAAGUGGAUGUGCCUAAAACAACAAACAACAACAAAAAAUACAAAAAAAAGAAAUCCCCAUCCCCUGCAAAUCUUGCCUUGCACUUUUUAAAUCUGUCUUUUUAUGUAAAAUAGAGUAGAAGCAUCUUUUAGUAUCUUCAAGUUUUAUAUCUUGCUGUGAGAUCAUUUUGUUGUGACUGUCCUUGACAGUUUUAUUUACUGGUUUCUUUGUGAAGCUGAACACAAAUGGGAUGGAAAAUGCCAAUUUAUUUAUAAAAUGAGUACUAUAAAAUAUGAGAUGUUCUACUAUGCAUAAGAAAAAAAAAGUGAGUGGUAUUGUCAGGUGAGAGAAACUCUGUCAUCUGGUAUAUAGGAGUUUAAAAGAAUUCUGUAUGAGAGCUUUAUGUAUUCUUUAAAGGAGAGAUUUUUCAAAGGUUUAGUUUUAGUUGUACACUUGAAUUUGAGAUAUUUUCAUUGAUUACCAUGGAUAAGGAUAUUUUGAAUCACUACUGUGUUGUGCGUACUCUGGGAAUAAAGUUAAUGUAUUACUGGUUACAGUGGUCGAAUAUGCUAUUUUAAUAAAAUAUUGAAACUUCUA